AUUUGUACUGAACGUGGUCACCCGACCUGAACAACUCACUUCCGCAACGCUUUCGUUAAGUUACAUGAACGAGCAAUGAGAGCCGGGCAUGACUUCUGAUGCUAUGCUUAAAAACCUGGUUGCUUUUAUUUUUCAUUUGUAGCCGUUGUGAUAAAUCUUGUUGUACCCAUCAUGAAUUUCUUUAAGUUUCACUUGCGUGGAAUAUUUUAUCCUCCGGGAACAACUCCUUUAAAUUGGAGACUAUUCUCCAUCGUUUUCUUAUCUACGGUAAGUCUUAAUUUCAUAUUUCCUUUAACUUUUCUAUCGCAACGCGCGAUUUUCCAUAAUUAACCUUAGAGCCAACGGUAGUAUAUUUUAAUAAGACAAUAGGAGACUCAAACAAUGCGGGAGUUAGCCAUUUCCAGCACUGUAAAACAGAUCUAACGCAGAUUAAUUAAAUAAGGGGGUAAGUUUCGAAACUGCGUCGGCAGAAGUAUUACAAGAUUAUUUGGUUUUAUCAUCUGAGUUGAUGAUGCAAAGUGGCCUCCGUAAAGACUUUCCAGAGCUGUUGUUUCGAGCUUUAGCCCUUCAUCGGAGCAAAACACUACUGUUAAUUCACUGAGUAGGUUCGUCUAACAUGGGGCAGCAUCGCUUAUUGAGGUCUAGUUCAUUUGGUUCAGCGCUGAUGUUUUAACUGUCUGACCUUGAUAUUGCCCCAACGAUGCUGGAGAAAUUAAUUCCGCUAGAAUUCCGUAAAGAACAUAAGAGUCAAUGAUCAAAUUGACAACGCUUUAAAAUGUUGUUUUGUCAUUCUGAUUGGCACGUGAGCAUUCACGUGCAGCAGCACUCGAUGAUCAAUUUACGUAAGAGAGCAAGGCUAAGAAUUUGUAGCUUUAAAACAAUGAUUCCAACAUCAAGCAAUUGUUGUAACUUUGGCAAACUGAUGAAUGGUCCAUUACUCAUCUCUGUAAUUUUAAUAUUGGAAUACUGCAUGCGUUUAACAAUACGAUUUAACUAAGAAUGGGAUUCCGGAGAAAGUCACCUAGGAUGUAGCUCACCGGCUGAGUCAUUGAAAUCGAUCUUGUAAUUGUGCCUGGAGGUUGUUCUUAGUCCAUUGGAGAUAUGAGUUGGAAUAAGCCGCUCAAAGUUCCUACCGAGAAAAUUACAAUAAAUAGCCACCGAAAAUGAAAAAACUUGGAAUUUCGGAGCCUCCGUUAAGCCACUCCCGAGUUCUCGGGCGUGAGGACAAGGCUAAGUGCGAAGGCGCUUUCAUCGGUGUUAAGAGGAAAGUGCAGUGGUAGAGACAACAAGGGAAAAUUUCUCUAAUUUCAAAGUAAUGAAUAAUGAAGCAGUGAAGCUGAUCAAAAUUGCCUCUUCUGCCAAAGACCGCAAAAAACAAACUAUUGGAAGAGAAAUUGCAAACAAAUUAGGGCAAAUUUCCAGUGCCAAAAAUUUUUAAUGCUUGGACCUACAAAAAUGUUCAAAGAUGGAAUAAAAUCUGAAAAAUGUUUAGUUUAGGUUUCAAAUGUUAUUUAUAGUUAAUAUUAUAUGCUAAGUUGUGUUUGCAAUCUACUCUAGUGACGAACUGACCGAUUUAUCCUUCUGGCCGGUGGAGUUUACCUCAUGGAUUCUCGUUUUGUAAAUUACAGAUUUUCAUUUCGCAAUUUUGCUAAUUAUAGAUUUUGAGCUCAUUUCGCAAGUAAAGGAUUUCCAAUUCCUAUCGUUCAGAUCGUUUUGCAAAUUACAGUAAGCCCUGCUACGAAUCAAAAAGAAAAAAAAAAGACAAAAAGUUAAGUGAUGACAAUAGGAAACUUAGGCCAGGUUUGGCCAGGCUGCACGUGGACGCCGAACGAAAACUUUGGAAAGUUACAGAGGUUGUGCAUCCAAGCAUCCAAAAUUUUAGGCACUUUACUCCUCAUGCCAAAUAGUGCCACUUCACACCUAGCCUCGUCCUCGCGCCGUAAUUUCGGUACCAGAUCACUGAACAACGAGAACUCGGAAGUGUCGUAAUGUAAUGAUUCCAGAUGCUUGGGCUGAGCUACCCACAAAUGCUAUCAAUAUUUCUUUCACAAGUUGCAUCUUUAACCCUUUAACUCCCAAGAUCUCAUUAAUUCUCCCUACUGUCUGCCAUACAGUUCUUGCAAUGUUAGUUUGGAGAAUUUGGGAUUGGAUCAACUUGUAAUCCCCUAAUCUCUUUAUUCUUAUCACUUGUAUACUUGAUAUUGUAUUGAUAAUGUAAGGAGAAAUUCUGUCAUGGUCACUCAUGGGAGUUAAAGGGUUGACCUCCCUUUGAUUGAUGAUUUGAAUGAUGAUGCUACCUAUUCACAUUCACUUUUUCAAAGAAGGACAACCAUGUAGCACCUGGGAAGCAGCAAUGUUACCAAUGCAGCUAGAUAUCCUUAGAGAAUCAGAUACAAAUUCUUUUCAAUGCACAGAUUCUUGUGUGUAAGAGGCAUAGCCUCCCGUGCUAGAGGUUGUUGACUCCGAUCAAGAGGGGAACAGUGUGGUCGAAAUUGAGUGAAUGUCUUGUAACUGGUAAUUAACUUGAAAAGUGCCAGAAGAGAUCAGAGGUUAAAAUCAAGACACAUCUGUUAAUUACUAUAAAAUUCUCAUUUAGGUGAAAAUGAAAGUGAAAAUUUUGUAUGCUGCAUCCAAAUUUUAAAUGUGCCCCACUCUCAAAUAAUUUUUGCCCUUGAGGAAGUAGAACAUUGAGGUGCAAAUAAUUUAAGAAGUGCCAUGGUGUAUCUACAGGUAAUUACAACAUUUUCUUGGCACUAAAGGAAUUAAACAAUUACGAUGAAUAUUGUUUUAUUUUCAGUUUUGUUCUGCAAUGUCCAUCACCAUAUUGUUUCCAUUUUUACCAGCUAUGGUGAAGGUGAGAUGAAAUUAUAAUUAUAGUGCUAAAUUUUAGGAAAUGUCAGCUGGCUACAUAAUUAUGGGGAAGGAAGCUUGAUUUUUGAGCUCACUAAAAGUUGUUAACUUAACACCAAUGAAAAAUGUCUGUUUUGUACUUGAUGUCUAAGAUAUGUAAAAUGUAAAUUGUCGUUAAUCAGAGAUUUAUUGUCAUGUAUCUGUUUUUUUGUUUUAUAUUUUUGUCAGAGCUUUGGGAUCUCAGAUGAAGACACAGGUACUAUACAGUUACAUAAUAAUUCUUUCUAUAAUUUCCAUAAAGUUUUUGUUCAGUUACUAAGCUACAAAAUGCCAGGCUGGUCGAUGCACCAUGGCUUUUUUUUUAGUGUUCUACAUGAUAUGGUUUGAUAGUUACUGAUUAUGAAAUUACGAACUUGAUCUCUACAUAAUUAAUUUUGUUUUUUACCAUGUGCUCCAUCCAAAUUUGCAUCAAGGACAAAUACUCAAUUUGCUUCCUGUCCUUAAAUUUAUACGUAAAUUAUAUAGUUGACAACAAAGGAUCUCUGAAUACUGGUGCUAAUUGAUAGAGGGCUCAAUGAUAAAUUCACUCACUCUUAUCCACUUUUCUUAGCCAUAAGUUCUCAGUAAUAUUCAGUUAUUUCCACAUUUACAAAAUAAUGUAACAAAGGUAUUUGAUGACAGUUUCCAUUUAUUUUUUUCCUGUCUAUAGGAUACUAUGCAGGUGUUGUAGCAUCUUCAAAGUUUAUUGGACACACCGCAGCUAGGUAAUUGCAGAGUAAAUCUUUAUUUGAUAUGUUGAUCUUAGAUCCAGGCUGACUUGUGAUUUAAUUAGUAACUUAACAUGGCAGUUCUGGAUGUGACAAAUAAUUUAUAAUCAUUGAAAGAUUUGCAGUAAAUGUGCACCUUGGGGGCCUAGCAAGCAUGUUCCUAAAGAUUCUGUUCUAAACUUAAUGAAUAAAGAAACUUUACAACAAGACACAUCAGUUACAAUCGUGUACAUUGAUUUGAAGAUCCAAGAGUGUUGAUGUACAAGGCACAGAAACUAUGGAUCAGCAAACAUUUGUAACCAAAAUUUACUUACUCCCUUUCAGUUAUUUUUGGGGAUUAAUGACCGAUAGAUUUGGAAGAAGGCCUGUGAUGAUAAUCUGCCUUACAAUGACCCUGGUUGGUAUGGUUGGCUUUGGUCUGUCUGUCUCUCUCUACAUGGCCAUUGUUACCAGACUAUUUGUUGGUCUAUCUGCUGGUAAGUGUGGUUAUUGCACAAUAUUAUGGUGAUGAUCAUUUUAAUGGUGUUACUAAUUACCAAGGUUUUGUAACCAAGGCAAAGUGGCAGGAAACUGAAGUGAAGAAUUUAUUAAUUUAAAUCCUGUCAGGGUUGGGUAAAAGAAUUUUUCAGCUUGGAUAGUAGGCUAGUCAAUUAAAGAAUGUUGAAAUUUAUAUGUUAAUACAUUUUCUAAAUUUAUUAAAUGAUCUUUUUGUGAUUCAAUUUAGGACUCAUAGGGACAUGCAAAACAAUUGCUUCAGAAGUCAGUGAUAACACAAAUCAGGUAUGUUUGUCAUGACUGCAUGUGUGCUCAUUUUGUGAGGUGACAAUCACAAGCAAUGCAGGUGGAGUUAUUUGUUAUUUUAUAUAGUUUUAAGAUUUCACUAGCCAAUAUUAUGUGCACUCACUCAGAGGUGGUGCUUGGUGAUUUAAAUGCCGAUACCCUGAACUACAGAUGGCCAAAGGAACAAAUUUUGAAGUGAAGGACUCCCAACAGGUGGCACUGCAUGAUUGUCAUUUAUGAAUAAUAUUGGUCAGAGGGGUAUCCCCAUUGGGAGAUACCCAGGGUAGGGGCAUCCUGGUCUUGAAAAUUUUGUACAUUUAGAUAGCUCUUUGGCAUGUCAUUUGAAGCAAAUGUGGGAUGAUUAAACUUGAGGAGUAAGUCCUUGGCUCCCUAACCCACUCUGCUUCUAUGGCCUUGCUAGAAUAUUCUUGUAAAAUAGUGAACAAAUUAGAGACCAGCCUUUGAAAUCAUUUAACAGAACAUUUAAGCAUACAUUUUAGUAUACACAAUGGAAAGACUACAUAGAGUAAGUGUAAUUUUAUAUCCUUUGGUGCUGAGUGAUUUCAGCACCACUAUUUUCAAGGUUGCUGUGUUCUUAAAUACAGUUUCAACCCACCCAGCAUUUAGUGCUGAAUUUUUCACACACUAUGUCUGAAUUGUUUCAUUAGGCAAUGGCAAUGUCAAUUAUACUGACAUCUUGGAACGUGGGACUUAUCAUUGGUCCAGCUACAGGGGGUAAGAAAAUGCUCCAUGUACUCAUGGACACCAAAACUAAAUGAUCAGCUAAUUAAAACAAUAUAUGAGAGUUAUAACCAAUGUAUAAAGGUAUUUAGAAUGUAAAACAGCACAGUAUGCCAAUAGGAAUUAUAAUAACUUCCCUCAGUGGUUGGUAUUCUGAAAGUUAAUUAUACAUGCAGCUGUAAUUGAAGGGAUGUUAAUGGAAUAAAGCACCUUGCAUGCUUAACAGCUUCUUCUUUAUGUGUUUUACAAGGGAGUAUAAGACUAUUUGGAAAGAGAAUCUUAUAGUCUUUCAGAAAUCUCUUUGGGCUUUUUUCCAUGCACCCUUUCUGAGUUAUUGAUUAAUUUGUAAAAAUAAAUUGUUGUUUAUUUUAAAUAUUAUUUACUAUUUCAAAUGUUGAAUAAAUUUAAAAUGAGUAACAGAUGUCUUAUUUUCUAAUUGUAGGUUAUCUUGCAGAACCAUCAAAGAAAUAUCCCAGUGUUUUUACGAAAGGUUUGUUAGAAUGUAGUGUAUAAGAUUCCACUGAAAGAGAAACAUUAAGCCCUGCAGCUAGCAAAUAAAAUUUUUCUUUGGGGUUUUAUUAAUUUUGUUUUUGUUUUGUGACAAGUUCUUAUCAGAAUGUCUCUUAUAAAGUAGAGUGUUGUCACUUUGCAAGAACUGCAUUUAACAAAUAACUGAAGUCACACCUUUAUUAGGUGGCACCAUAUUAAGUGGUCACCUUGUAUUGAGUGGUCAGUUGUCAAAGUCCCAACUUAAUGUUUCCCUGAAACACUGCAAUUUUUAUCUCUGCUAAGCCAUUAGGUCACCUUAAUGUGAGUCCCAAGUGCCUGUUUGUAUUGUUUUCCACCUGUAUUGAACAGUCACUGAAAGCGGAAAUGCUCAAAGAAAACUAAUAAUGAUAAUAAUAAAUCAUAAGAACAUUUCAUGGCCUCAGCUUAUGGAUUUCUGUUCAAACAUAUUUCUUUUUGCAGAUUCACUCUUUGAUAAAUUCCCAUUUUUCCUUCCCUGCCUGUUACACUGUGCUGCACUCUUACUUACAGUUGUGUUGGCCUACUUCUACUUACCAGAGACUCUUGUUACAAGGUAGCGAUAUUAGCUGGUAAUACAAUAUAGGCUCUGAACAACCAGCUGUUGUACAGGAAAUGAGUCUACGAUCAGGCUUAAUUAAAUUCAGAGCCCUUUAGUCAGAUAGCACAAAGUUAGUCAUUUAACUCUCUCGCUUCCAAAACCUCAUUAGUAAUUCUACUCACUGUCUGCUAUACAAUUAUUAUGAUGUUAGUUUGUAGAAUUUGGUACUGGAUCAGUUAAUUAUCCCCUUGUUGACUUUUUUCUCUAUUCUUAUCACUUUUCUGUGUAUAUAGUGACCAUUACAUUGCAUGAUAUUGUGCAGAGAGACUCUGUCUAGGUCACUCAUGGAAGUUAAGGGUUAUUGUCUUCUUCCUCUCAUUACUUUUUCUCUUGUCCAUGUUUGUUAUUAAUUUCAUCAGUUCUGUUGGUUUGUUGAAAGUCAUGAAUUAAAUUUUGUACCAUUAUUAGACCAUCAUAGAUUUUUCAAUUUUUUUUGCUACUCAGUGAUGAUGAGACAUCAUCAAGCAGUUCAGAAACUGGUGAAUUAGCCAUGCAGAGCACAGCUUCCAACAGUUUAAUUGAUGAAGAUGAUGAAAAUAGCUACACACAAAAAAAAAGUCUGGAAGAAACAGAGGAAGUAGAAAUAUUUAUCAAUGAUGUGAACAAAGAGGACAUUGACAAUGACAGAAACUGUUGUGGUUUUAAGAGUUGCUGUUGUCCAAGAUAUAGAUGUUGUGAAUUCUUCAGAGACAGUAAAAUUGCAGUUUUAUUGAGGUAAUAUAAAUUUCCAGAGAGCUCAUGUUAUUUCAAGAUAUUUUGAAAAUACUUUUUACUGUCUUACAGUGUUGAUAAGAAAGGAACAAAUUAAUGCACAUUUUAGUUCAUGGCACGUGCAGUUUAAGUUUACGUAUUGUGUUUAAACAAUAAUGCAUGAAUUCCUUGUUCUCUUAAUUUUCAGGGAUCGUGUUGUAACCCUUGCCAUUUGUGUGUAUUGUUCACUUUCAUUCAUUGUCAUUGGUUAUGAUGAGUUGUUUUCUUUGUGGGCUGCCACAGGACCUGAACAUGGUAAGGUGUUUUUGACAGAAAAAUAGGGAUGAUAAGUUUUGAGCAUGGAUCACAAGUUUGCAUGGAUCACAUUUUGAAAUUCUGACCAUGCUGUAAAAUCCCUCUAUUUAUAAAAUAUGCAAUUUUAUUUAGCGGUUAUUAAUCAAGGCUUGAUUCUUACUUAUGACAAAAUACAUUUGGGCUUCAAAGAUUGUUUUUUCCUAAAUGUGAAAAAUGAAGUAUAUUUGAGUGAUGUACAUGUGAGUGAUUUUGAGUGAUGUAAGUUUUGAACAUGGAUCACAAGUUUGCAUGGAUCACAUUUUGAAAUUCUGACCAUGCUGUAAAAUCCCUCUAUUUAUAAAAUAUGCAAGUUUGUUUAGUGGUUAUUAAUCAAGGCUUGAUUCUUACUUAUGACAAAAUACAUUUGGCCUUCAAAGAUUUUUUUUCCUAAAUGUGAAAAAUGAAGUAUAUUUGAGUGAUGUACGUGUAAAGCAUGGUCUGCUUUUUGUGGUAAAGGCAUCAUGCAUUAGUAGUCCCAUUCAACCAUCCAUUUUUGCCAGAGUCAUCUGACUCAUAAUCAUACUGAAUUUAAGUUCCUGUUUUUUAAGUUGAACAUGAGUGCAUAUGGAAAUCUCCUCACCCCUCCAGAAAAUGAUGACUUCUGAAAAGAAAAAAAAAGAAUAAAGCUACUGUCACAGUCAGUUUAUUUGCAUUCAAACAAUUUGCCCUUCACACAGCAAAGUCAAUCAUGCACUAACAUUAGUGUUAUGUGUGAUUUAUACAGGUGGACUUGGCUUUUCUACUGACCAGAUAGGCACUGCAUUACUGUGUGUAGCAGGACCUAUGUUAGUUCUUCAAUUUUGGGUUUAUCCAAAGGUAAAUGUUAAGACCUUGGUUGCUUGAUUAGGGUGGUUAAUGCUAUCCACUGAAUAAAUCUCAAUCCAGUGGAUAGUUCAGUAGGUUUUGUUAACCCUUACAUGUAGAAUAGUAUUAUCCACCUUUUGAACAACUGGGGAAAAAUGUCUGUUUUUUACUAUAAUUGGCUAUACACUUCCGGUUUUGAAACAAAUGAAUCAUUACAUGUGUAUUGAUUUGCUCUUUUUCUUUACUUCUUCCUUUUAGUUUGAAAGGUGCCUUGGAUCAAUCAGGGUAAUGCAUGUUGUUUUGAUGUCAUUUUUGGAUUUGUUUUAUUAUUUACUAAAUAUUGUACCCAUUUUCACAAAUAGAUGAGAAUGUGUGGAAUUUCCUAUUAAUUAUUGGAUUUGUUCACAGGUUUUUCAAUUGGCAAAUGUUGUCUUGGGAAUCACAAUUGCUUCUUUGUCAGCCUUGAAUACCCUACAUGACAGGUUGGUUCCAAAGAAAUGACAUGGUUGAUGUAAAGUACAUGUAAUAGUUGAUGAAAGAGGCUAGUGGCAAAAAAAAAGGUAAUUCAGCUUAGGGGCUUUCAUGGAGAGAGUAUGGAGGAAAGUGGAGAGGAAGAAUGUUAAAGAAAAAUUAGUAGAUAAAAAGUCUCUAAAGAGAAGAAGAUCUUUCCUAAAGGCAAAUUUUAUGAUAAGUAUGAACUAAAAAUGAGGGGUCAGGAUUGAAAUGGCUUAAACAUCACAAUCAACCUUCAUUGACAUCUACUGAUGAUCUUCUCCAAUCUCGUUACAGGUCAAAAGUUCUCUGGCCAUUGAUGAUUGUUGUUCUCAUUCCAAUGAGGUUGGGUAUUGGUUGUGGCUUUAGCUCCACAGGAAUCCUUGUCAACAAUGCGGUACCUGCUUACCUCUUAGGCUCUGCAAAUGGACUUGCGAUGACAGCAAGUUCCAUAUCCAGGUAGGUGCAUCUAAAAUAUCUUAUUUCUACUGAAAUGAUUACCUCCCCAAUAUAUUUGAGGCACUGUAAGGCACAAGGAUAAUGCAUUGGUUAAGGACCUUUCCUGAUAUUGCUGUGGCACUGAUUGUUUUUUUAAGACCUUGAGUAACAACUGAUUAGUUCCGCUCUUUGCUGUCCGUGUUUUUUUUUGGGUUCUCUUAUUUGAUUAAAACUCAGCUUUCCUCCACAUGCACCUCUUAACUAUUUGUUUUACAUGUAACUCUCCCAUAUUAGCUCAAUCAACAAAUUAUAUUUGUAUCUAGUUCAUUUUAGGGUGGCUCAAAAUGGUUUGGUUACAAUGGGGUUGUGGGCGAACUUAAUUUGUCAAAAAAAUAAUGUAACUCUGAACGUACAUUUGCAGAAAGAUGAAUUUUAGUACGCUGAUGGUAAUUCCAUAAUAAUGAUCGAUGAAGAUCACCACAAUUUUUGUUAGUCAUAGAAUCAUAAUGCUAACAUAUGGCUGUUUCUAAUUGGCUGCAGCGUAGCGUGGUAAUCUACAACAUGUCGUUUUGGAAAAAAUUAUCUAAACUUGUUAAGCGUUAGUUGGCAUUUCUCCGAUACGCUUUUCAAGGUAACUGAGUUUUACUCAGGUUUAUUGCGUUCUUUUUCCUUCAGAACCUUAGCUCCAAUUUUUGCUGGGAGUGUGUUUGCCUGGUCGAUAAGUAAGGGCUACAAACACGGAUUCCCGCUUGACGAACACUUUGCUUUCAUAUUGCUUUCCAUCGUGUGUUUCCUGGCUGUUCUGCUGAGCUUUACUCUUCCCAAGAGACUGAACAUGAGACCGUCAGCGCCAGUGAAAGUAUGAAGACAGAAGCCCGCAUUUUCUUUCCCAACAUUCAGUGUGCACACUGUAUAGAAAAGGGAGGGGCGGCAACACAAUGACAGCAUGCUUGGCGCAACGUCAUAUUUAUGCCACUCAGGCAUUCGAGACUACCAGGAUGGGGGUAGCCUCAUCUUUUGGAAGGAGCUGCACGCUGUUUUUAGAGGAAAUGACAGAUGGAUUAGAACAAUAAAAAUUGUUACAAUUUAAAAAAUUACAAUUCAAGUUUGAAAGCAUUGGGUUAAAGUUUAAAGAUGCACAAACUCUGGGCUCCUUUAAAACUAGAAUAACUUUAAUAGGACUUAAUCAAAAGCUCGUUAGAUAGAUUUUAAAUUUAAUAGCAUAUUUAGUACAAUUUUAUGGUCUAUUUUUGAUUGUGGUACUUACAUCUAUUUGUUUGGUGGUGUUCUCGUUCUUAAUGAGAGACGAAUAGAAAAACGGUUAUUAAUCUAUGUAUGCCUGAAUGAAAAAAUUAUGAUAAAGCUCGUGUGGUUUUCGCGACGACGAUACGCGAACAUCGCUUCAAUUUGUUUUAACUAACUAGCACGUCAUGAAUUUAUUACGGAAAUUCUCUCACUAGUUGUCUGAGGUAUUUGAUAUGUUGUUCAGAACUAACGAUAAUAUCCAUCUUUAAUCUAUUAAACGCCCUAGAUCUAAAUCUACAGCGUAAUGUAGCUCAAGUCUAUAAUAAAGUGCAAU